AUGGCUUCACCAGUCCCAACCUCGUCAAAUGCGCUUAUUAGGCGCUCCACGGAGACAGACCUCAUGCCACCACCACCUCCACUGAAGCGGAUCAAGCGGCCGGCGCAGGUGCUCGACGAAGAUAGCUACACUGAGGCGCUUUCCGAGAUCAUAGCUCGCGACUUCUUCCCGGGCCUCCUAGAAACCAAGCACCAGCAAGAGUACCUCGACGCGCUCGACUCGCACGAUCAAGCGUGGAUCGCCGAAGCGUCGCGUAGGCUCACCGAGGUGAUGAACACACCGCAGCACCGACGACGAGGGACGUCCUUCGCUACUCCACGGUUCCGGGAGCGGUCAGCUACGCCGGCAAUGGUCGCGACACCGCGGACAGGCGGCGAGGAGGAGGAAGUGGAGGAGAGGAAGAAGCCGAAGAUGGAUACUACGCUCUCGUUGGACGCCUUCCAGAGCAAGUAUACGUCAGAGGACAACGCGUCGUUCAAUACCCUUUUGGAUAAGCAAAACGAGAAGCGGCGGAAUGCGUAUUCAUUCCUGUGGAACGGGAAUCAUAUGGUGGGAUUUAGGACAAAGGCGCAUCAGAAGCGGCUGAAGGCGCAGGAGGAGGAGAGAGAAAGGACUGGCGAGCAGAAACUUAUCGUUGCGCCAGAUGAGCGCCCGGCGGUCCCGAAUACGUGGAAGGCGGAACCGCGGAAUGGGCUCAUGUUCACUCCGGACCAGUCCCCUCCCCCGCCGGAGAAGAGUGAGCGCGAGAGGGAGCUCCCACCAAAAUCAGUGGUGUAUGCGAACACACGGAUGCCGCCGCCCGGCGCAGCGCCCCAGGAACGUGCAUCAUCUCCAACGCCAUCCGCAAUCUCAGAUGCGAUCGCGGGAAGACCCCGUCCUCUGGAAUCGGAAGCGGACUUUGGUUUCCGGAGUGUAGAGACACCCCGUGUAAACGGCUACAGCUUUGUCGACUCAGCGCCAUCACCCUCACCAGCCUCCCUGGGCGCGCCACCUCUCACGUGGGGUGCCGUCGCCGCCAUCUCCGACACCACGCCCGCACCCUCUCCAUUCAAGAUCGCCGCCACCCCGAAACGGGAACUACUCCACCACCGCAUGGUCGAAAAGGUCGCCAAGGGCAAGCGCGUCGCGAAUCCAUCCACAACCAUUCCCGCAGCGUCGCCGAGGAUGACGCCGCUGGGCGGUGCGGGCAGGGGGAGAGAGAUCCCGAAAUUCGGCAGUAGUCCUGCUAUGACGCCUGCGGGACAGAGGCUGUGGGGGAAUCUUACGGAGCGGAAGGGAACGGGGUUGAGGGAGAGUAUUCUGGGGAAGGGCGGGAGAGCGGCUGCGACGCCGGCGAUGGGCGGGAGUGCAAAGCCAUUCCGGUGGGAUCCCACGCCUAGAGCUUCGAAGUAG